UGGUACUCAACACAAUGAUGAUGUCGAUGAUUGUGAUGAUGCGAUUAUGAGAUGGUGUUGGCUCUACUCAUCAGUUGAUAAAAGAUAGUCGUUGCUCUUGCGAGACUCAGUACUCAUCCGCUGUUCGACCUGUCGUUUAAUCAAAAAUUUCAAAAAAAAAAAAAAAAAAAACAUACACAUUACCCUCCAAUUUUUUCGCGACGCGAUUCUUUACAUUUUUCAUUUAUAUUGUGUGUUUCCAUUUGUAUACAAAAUUCUCCCUCGGCAGUUGGAAUCGAGUACAAAAAAAAGUGAUAUUUCAAAAUUUUUUAAAUUCCAAUAUUUUUUCUUGAAAAAAAAUAAAAUAACUUAAAUCGGAUUGAAAAUUUUCAUUCUAUUAUGGUCAGAGAUCUUUUUUUCUUGAAUUUGGAAAAAAAAUAUAGAUAAAUGAAUCCAAAGAAUGAGAAAUAAAAAUUAUUACCUUGGAAUAAUCGAUUUUGACAUAACUUCCUUUUUAAUUUUUACAUAGCUUCGAUUUAUUUUCUGGCCUUUGAAAAUGAGUGAACAAUAAAUGUGCCGAUGAAGAAAAUGUCCGAGUAUCAUCGCCUGCGAGAAUUCGGCACCUAGUGAAUAAUGAAUAGUUAUCAAAAGUGCGAGUAGUUGGAUAAAAAAAAAAAAACGAAAAAAAUAAAAUUACAAAGAAUGGUUGAACUUUGUGGUGGUGCCGGUAUGGCGAGUGCUUUAGACAGAAGUUCAUCGUCUCGUGUUUAUUAUGCGAUUCUUGCAAUUUUGGAUUCAAUUUUUUCGGCUGGUGUUGCAACACCUGCAGUGGUUGGUUAUUGGCGUGGUACAUGGCAUUUGAGUCAUCAAUAUAUUUAUGGAAACGAUAUUGUUUCCAGUGCAUUAACAUCAAUUGCAAUUGGUUUCAUUGGAUUGUUUAUAUUUAAUUUAUUACAAAAUUUUCUCGAUCAUUUUCUUCAUCCCGAUAAACAUCGUUUGUGUUAUUAUUUUGGCUCACGUUUAUAUACAUAUCUCUUUGGAUUUUGUUGUGUUAAUGCGUGGCGUGGUCCUUGGCAGGCCCUUGAUCUUUUCACUGACAUGUCAGCGAGUACGGUAUUUGCAACCACUUCGGUCAGUAUUCUUGCAUUGGCAAUAAUGAGGGCCAUCAGAAAUAUUGCCGCGCCACCUUUUUCCCUUAGUUUGGACUCGUGCGUUGGCUACUUCGAGGUGCCCACAAUGUUCCGGGCAAAUAAUUCGAGGGAUUGGUCGUUGUAUAUAUUGGAUUGUGCCUUCAGUGUUAUUAUUGUUGGAACACUUGUGGUGUUCGUUUGGAGAGGAGUCUGGGUCCUACUUGAUAUUUAUCUUUUUCCAGAUAAUAGAGAACAAUCUGCACUGGGCUCUCUUAUUAUUGGAUAUACCUUAGUGUCAAUUGCAUUUUUGCUACAACCUGUGAUGCGUUAUACCUGUGCGAGACUGCAGGGUUUUCCAAAGCUCGUUCUAGCAGACGCCUUUAUUCUUUUGAGUUUUUUGGCAACUGUCAAUGUUUGGCGUGGAAUUUGGAAUCUUUUGGAUCUUUGGCUUAUUCCAGAGAAUCAAGAACUUUCAUGUUGGAUCACACACAUUGGUUGUUUUAUUUUUCUUGUUCUUCUCAAUUGCAGUAAUUCUAUUCUCGUGAGAGGUGUUUACAUCGAUGCCGAGGAGGACAAGGGCAAGUGCGUCGUUUUCCCUUGUCAUUAUCUUCGACUAUUGUUCAAGGUCGAACGAGAGAAGAAAGAAGCAAGAAAACAAAAUUUGAUAGUGACUACAAAAGACUUUUCCUCUCACACAGAGCCAAAUGUCAAAGAAAGUGAAAAUGGCGCAUUAUUAAAUAGCGUUGUGACACCAAUGAUUAUUUCUGGAAAUCAAGACGUUUAGAAAAAUAAAAUCAAAGACUUUAUAUAAAUAUAAAAAAAAAUUUUUUUUUUUGGCAAAUCAAAAAGGAAAAAAUUAAAACCAACAGGUACCUGAACAGCUAAAAAUUAAAUUUUAUUUUGAACAAAUAAAAUUCUAUCUAGACAAAUGAUAAAUUAUACCAAAUUAAUACAUAUAUAAUUUUAAUUAAUUAAUUAAAAAAUUUAGAAUUAAUUUAAAUUAAUAAAUUAAUUUCAAUAUUAAAAAAAAAAAUUGGAAAUUAAUUAAUAUAAAUUUUUAUGUUGAAUUAAUUGAUUAUUAAUUUUAUAUAUAUUAAUUAUUUAGUAUAAUUUGCAUACAGGUAAACGUGUUGAUAAAUGAGACUUUAACUAGUCAGUGCCAUAAUAUUAACCACUGCUCAAAUAUACACUUACCCUCGGCAAAGUAUUAAUUAUUCCCAUGAGAAUCAUUUAGGAAUAAUAUUUUUAUUUUAUUUAUUAAUUUUUUUUUGUCUUUUAAUUUCUUUUCUAUUUUUUUUGUUUUUUUUUUUUUAUUUUUUGGAAUUUAUUAUAAUUGAAAAGUAUCCCAGAACGAAAGAAGCACGUGAGCUUGGUGAUACUUAAUUUUAUCAGUGAUUCGCACUUACAGCUCUGUAAUUAUUUAAGGCAAUGAAGAAAACUGGUUUUUUGAUUUUAUCUACAAAAUUUAUUUUUCCAUUUUUAAUUAAUGUUUUUUUUUUUUUUUAUUAAAUUUUUCAUUUUUAUUUGUCUGUGAAAUUAUUAAAAAUUAUUAUUAU